UUGGUUUUGAGACAAAACUGUUGGAGUUGCUAGCAUCGGUCCACUUUGGACAAGAUGAUCUAGUGGCAGUAGCACUGUCGGUAAAGAGAGGAGGAGACUAGGAGAGCGUCAGAGGCGACCAACAAGUGCUGGAAUGACCUGUCAAAAAAAAAAAAAGAGAAGUGACAAUUCCCCAUCCCACCUAUCCACGGGCCACGGAACGCCGGCGGCGACGCGAAUACGCGAUGGCCUCGCCGGAACAGCCCAGUGCCAAGCGUAUCAACGCGCCGGUGACGCCGUCCCCGCUUUGGCGCCUCAACGACGACCUCCUCGCGGAUAUCUUCCUCCGCCUGCCCACCCUCGCCGAUGUAGGGCGCGCCGCCACUGCCUGCGCCUCCUUCCGACGCGUCGUCACCGACCGCACCUUCCUCCGCCGCCUCCACUCCGUCCACCCGGUGCCCCUCCUCGGCUUACUGCUCUUCUCAUCGGUCCACCCGGCGGAGCCGCCCCACUCCUCCGCGCCCUAUGCGCGAGCUCUGCGGCGGGGCGCCGACCUCUCCUUCUCCUUCGUCCCCUGCGCCGGCCGCUGGAUCCCGGUCGACGCCCGCGACGGCCGCGUCCUCCUGGAGCGCGAGGCCAUGGGCGGCGACUUUGCCGUGUGCGACCCUGUGUUCCGGCGAUAUCUCUUUCUCCCCCAUAUCCCCGGGCACCCAGCCGCUCGUCUGAAGCCGUUCCUCGUCCCCGCCAGUGACGAGGACGCGGAGACGUCGUUCAGGGUGGUCUGCGUGGUGGAGCGCAAACCUGGACAGCUGGUCGCCUUCGUCUUCUCUUCGGACACCGGACGAUGGGGAAGUCUGGCCGUGGAUUUCAGCGUGCACCCCUCUUUCAAUUUUUCAUGGUCCUCCUACGCUUUCGGCAGCUGCUACUGGCAGGUGACUGGGACUAACAAAUUCCUUGUGCUCGACACGCGUUCCAUGGUGUUCUCCUCCUUUGACAUCCCGUCUGGUCACGGCCAGCAAGAUUCUGUCAUUGUGGAGGCAGCGGAAGGCAGAAUUGGAAUGUUCACUCUCAAGAACAGCAUGAUCUCCGCUGCAUCUUACCUCGUUUAUGCUGUUCGGGUAAUCCACGAAGAAGGCAACAGCCUUUGGCAGCUUGAGAGGAGAGUCAGGUUGCCGUCCCAAUAUAUUUUCAGCUUUGCAGAUGCAACGGAUAAGCACUUGCUUCUUCGUGGGAUUCCAUGGAAUUGGCACCUGGAGCCUUCUACUCAUGGCGUUGACAUAGGAUACUUCUCUGUUGAGUUUGAGUCUAUGCAGGUUGAGAAAAUUUGUGGCCUCAGGAACCUUCUAUAUGCCAAACAGUACACUGGUUUUCCACCGUCAUUGUGCCUACCAAGAAUAUGAAGUGGUGACUACACAAGGUGAAUGAAGUGUGCUGGCUAUCCACAGUAAUCUGGUGGUUUAGAAAGGAAGCAAAGGAUUCAUGUAUGAACUACUAGCAGGGUCAUUAAGGAGUGAGGACUUAAGGACUGAGGAGCUGUUGGAUGGUCUGUUUUUCAGUCCUUUAGGGUGUGUUUGGAUGCAGCCCUGGCCUGGAGCGCCCGCUGGUGUAGGCAACUUUCCCGUGCCGCUAUCCAAGCAUGCCCUUAUAUUUCUUCGUCAUGCCAAUAUUUUGACGUGAUUUUGCAUCCACUUCUAACAGAGUUUUGAUGCUAUGCUGCAUCAUAUCCUGGAAGGCUGGAAAUGUUUAUUUGGUGCUCGGCAUCUCUCUGAACUUGAUGAUUUUUUUCUCAAAGCGGACACCAGUCUUUGUUUAAUGGACUUAGCGUGUGCUGUUACGUGCUGUUAUUAGCCGCUGUUUGCUAUAAAGAUGGUUCAUGUAACAAUGUGGAUUGUACCUAUGGCAACAAGAAUGUUGAGAAUGAUGAUUCGAAUGAUAAGAUGACAAAUAUUAUUCUCGUUUAUUGA